CUGGAAACGAAAAGUAGGAGACGUUUUGAAAGCGAAGGCAGGUAUUACAUAAACAAAAAGGUACCCGCUUUCUCAGCUAUAAUCACUAUUUUAAUAUCGGUGUUGCCGACGAAGAGGCUUGUUGUCUACUCGCUGUUUUGAUGGCUUGCUUUGACAGUAAUAAGGGAAGUUUGGAGGAGGUCAGCUAUGACGGAGCUGUUGGUGGAGAGGUGUCCAGCUGCGCGUUGGCAAUGAUGGAAAAAGAACGUGAGUCCCUUCUUAGCCCUUCGGAGAGCCCGGGCACGUUUAUCAGCAGCAACUCCACUAGUCUUCAGGCUGCUGACCCCGUCCAGGGCUACGACGUGGAGUUUGACCCGCCCCUAGAGAGUAAAUAUGAGUGCCCUAUCUGCCUCAUGGCUUUGAGGAAUGCCAUUCAAACACCCUGUGGUCACCGAUUCUGCAAGAACUGCAUUGAGAAGUCCAUUCGCGAUACGGGACAGAGGUGCCCUGUUGACAAUGAAGCGUUGUCAGAAGAACAGCUGUUUCCUGAUAACUUUGCCAAACGGGAGAUCCUAUCGCUAACUGUGCGCUGUCCCAACUCUGACUGUGCUGACAAAAUGGAGCUCAGACAUUUAGAGAAUCAUUUGGCGCAUUGUCAGUUUGCCACUGAGCCGUGCCCACAGUGCCAGCAGUCUGUGAGAAAGAGCCACCUAGAGGAGCACAAAACUGUUGAGUGCCAAAGGAGACCUGUGUCCUGUCCAGAUUGUGUUGCAAGCUUUGUUUACGAGGAGAGAGAGCUUCAUGAACAGCAGUGUCCCUUUGCCAAUGUGAAGUGUCAGUACUGUGGGAUGGAUCUGAUCAGAGACCAGAUGGAAUCUCAUUGUGACACAGAUUGUCCCAAAGCACCCAUCGCCUGUAACUUCAGCGCCUUUGGAUGUAAGGAGCGGAUGCAGCGCCACAACCUGGCCCAGCACAUGCAGGAGUUCACGCAGAUGCAUAUGCGCUUCAUGGCCGACUUCCUCCGAGGCGUCACCCUCAAUGGUACCUCUCCUAAAUCCCUGUGGCCGCUAGGACCUUCCGUGUCCCCCGAGGAUCAAGGAGCUGCAGCAUCAGUGUCGGCCUGUAGUGGUCCAAGAGGCGCUGCGAGCUGCAGCAGCAACAGCGCCCCAAGUCAGCCUAGCGAGGAGAUGCAGAGGAUCAGGGACAUGGACGGACGACUGGUGAAGCAGGACCACCAGCUGCGUGAGCUCAUUAUCUUAAAAGAAACACAGGCCGGCCAGUUAGCAGAGCUCAGACGCAGAGUGUCAGUGCUGGAGGAGACGGUGAAGGAGCUGGAAGCCCACCAGUGUCAUGGCAUCUUCAUUUGGCGUCUCAAAGGUUUCUCCACCCACCUGCGUAACCAAGAGACCGGCCAGGCGGUGGUGGAGCACAGCCCCGGCUUCUACACGGGCCGCCCAGGCUACAAGCUGUGCCUGCGACUACACCUGCAGACCCCCAACGCCCCACGCUGCUCCAAUUUUAUCUCGCUCUUUGUCCACACCAUGCAAGGAGCUUAUGACGGGCAGCUGACCUGGCCUUUUCAGGGCACCAUCCGCCUUGCCAUCCUGGACCAGGGCCCUGAGGGUCAGCACCACACGGAGGUGAUGGAAACCAAACCAGACCUGCAAGCCUUCCAGAAGCCCACCAUCCAUCGUAACCCCAAAGGCUUUGGCUACGUCACCUUUUUGCACCUGCAUCAGCUGAAUCAGAGAGCCUUUAUCAAAGAUGAUACUUUACUUAUCCGCUGUGAGGUGACACCGCGUUUUGACAAUAUUCACCGCGAGGGACCAGCGGUGCAGCCGAGAGGCCCUGAGGCCUCAGUGUGAGGGACUAAAAUCAAACUCUUAUCUACUGGAUCAUCAUACCAAGACGUCAGUACAGUACAGCUGCCAGUGUUUAAACACUGGACGGUCAGAGUGAUGGACGGUCAGAGUGAUGGACGGUCAGAGUGAUGGACAGUCAGAGUGAUGGACAGUCAGAGUGAUGGACAGUCAGUGAUGGACAGUCAGUGAUGGACAGUCAGAGUGAUGGACAGUCAGUGAUGGACGUCUGGUGUAAAACUGCUCAUCAGACCCCUUUCAAAUUGGGACACCACAAUUUGUCAGUUAUUUAUUUGUAUACAUACUAUAAAUGUUAAUUUGACUUGUUUUUAUGAAUAAAUCAAUCAGUACAUACCUUUCAUUCAUUUAGAGAUGUACGUAAAUACCUGGUACUAACUAGCCUCAUACCUUCAAAUAGUGUAAAUAGUCAAUAUUUAAUCAGCUUAACAUGACAAGUUAAAGAUGUGUGCCUGCUGACUGAAUAUUACUGCAAAAGCUAAAGAUACCCUGUGAUGUUUUUGACCAUGAUAGAUAAUAUUUAGAGACGAGCAUAAAAGCAAUGAAAGGGGGAACAGAUUAAGCUAAGCCUUAAGGAAGAAAUCCUGAUUUGUGGGGGAUUUUUUUGUGGUGGGCCACAGUUGGAAUUUGUGAGUCAGGUGACAUGUUGGGUCUGAAAAAGACAUCUCAUACCUAAUAAAAUUAACAUGUCAAAAAAGUAACAA